GGCCCUAUUAAGCUAGUAAAAACCGCAAAGCCUAACUUUUAUUUCGGAGCAAAAAUAGUGUUUUCUGUGAGUGCGGGCCACUGCAUCAGAGUGCAAACGGUGAGUUUUGGUUCCUUUCUGUAAAACAUGGCCUCAAAAUUGUGGGCAUCAAGGGCUGCUUCAUACUUCAGGAUCUCUCUUUUUCACAGAGGCUUUGCCACUGUCAUCAAGGAUUUCAAGUAUGCAGACACUCACGAAUGGGUGAAAGUUGACGGUAGUUCUGCUACGGUGGGAAUAACCGAUCAUGCUCAAGAUCACUUGGGUGAUGUUGUGUAUGUUGAACUGCCUGAAGUGGGAACUGCCGUAACACAAGGUGGAAGUUUUGGUGCUGUGGAAAGUGUCAAAGCAACUAGUGACAUCAACUCUCCAAUUUCAGGGAAAGUUGUUGAAGUUAAUGAAGAACUUAAUAAUUCUCCUGGUUUGAUUAAUGCAAGCCCAUAUGAAAAUGGAUGGAUCAUAAAGGUGGAGAUGGGCAAUUCUGAAGAAGGGAAAUCCUUAAUGGACUCUGACCAGUACUCAAAGUUCUGUGAGGAAGAAGAUGCUAAGCACUGAGGGAGACGGCUCACAAUUUCAAUGAAGAAACACUUCUGUGGGGAGGACUUGUUUUCUAGUUGGUGAUGAUGAUGAACAGUACAAAAUUAUGUUUUUUUUUUUUUCCUUUUUCUUCUCUUUGUUUGAUCCUGGAAUAUUUUCUGCUUCAGCACGUUUCUUUCUUUUUCAAGUUCUUGUGGAAAGCUUAUCUGAAUUAAGAAUAAUUUUUCCAAGUAUUUUGCGAGAUCAUAAAUUUGAAAUUACAAUAUUUUCAUAAUCCUUCAA